CCUCGCAUGCUACUACGCAAUCAUCCCAGACUAAGGAGAAAUCGGCCCAAAUCGAGAGUUUUCGUUUCCAAUUCAGCUUCGUGAAAGAAAGGAAGUCACGUAUGUCCCCAUGAUCACGUGGAGCAAGCUACCAUUGUAUGUAUGUGAGUAGAACUUGGAUGUCGAAACCCUGAACUCUGCGCCUUGAGGUAGUAACUCGGAAACUGAUUGAGUAAACGUGAGCAAGCAGACGACACAAUUCUGUUUACACGAGACUCUUCUCUUCAACUGCGAGCUGAGCUAGCCCUAUAGCCAAUGUAUUGGGAAGCAUUGAUUCUCGUCGCCAUUUCCACUGUGGUGUAUCUUUUUGUGGUGCGCCGCUGGUCAGAGCGAAAGUACCGCUAUCCUCCAGGACCGCGCCAGUUACCUCUAAUCGGCAACCUUCUAGACAUGGCAAAAUUUAACCACGUGACCAUGCGAAAGUUCGCGAGACAAUAUGGCGAGAUCUACAUGAUGACAGUGAUGGGGCAAAAGAUAUUUGUUGUUACUGAUAUUGAGUUGGCAUGGGAUGCCCUUAUUCGGAAAGGAAACAUCUUCGCAGGAAGGCCGAAACUGUUUAUCUAUGAAGCUCUACAGCCCAAAGGAGGAGCCAUCGUUUUCGGUGACUAUGGACCGCGCUGGAAGCUACUAAGAAAGAUCACCCAUUCAGCUCUUCGAAUGUUUGGAAGUGGCGUUCAAAACUUGGAGGAAAAAGUUCAGCGUGAGGUGUGUGAGAUGUGCGGUUAUUUCAGAGAGUUACAAGGUUUCCCUUUCUAUCCAAAGAAACGUCUCGCUCUCGGAGUGACAAAUGUGAUAUUCUCGUGCCUUUUUGACACGCACUUCUCGACCGAGGACGAGCAUCUGGAAGAAUUCCAAAGGUUGAACGAAGAAUGUAUGCGUCUCCUUGGAACUGGUGCGUUGCUUGAAGUAUUUCCAUUCAUGAAAUAUCUUCCGCUGAGCAUUCACAAGCGCCUCAAAAGUUGCUACGACCUGAAAGAGAAACUUCUCUGGCCUUUUUUCCAAGAGCAUAAACACACGUAUAAAGAGGGUGUCAUCCGGGACAUCACAGAUGCCCUUAUUACGGCAAAGCACCAGGCGGAAAUGGAAGAUUCCAGAGUGAGGGGUAUGUUGAAUGAAAAUUUGAUUAUGGAAACGCUGGGAGAUCUCGCUGUCGCUGGGACAGAUACAACCACAGAGUUUUUAACUUGGUCACUUCUUUAUUUGGCAUCCUACCCAGAUAUCCAAACGAAGAUACAUCAGCAGCUUGAUGACGUCAUAGGCCGCGACCGUCUGCCUUGCUUCCAGGAUAGAAGCAGUUUGCCAUAUUUGGAGGCCACCAUCUCGGAGAUCAUACGUCAUAGCUCUUUUACCAACGUGAGCGUCCCUCAUCGAGUGCGAAGCAACACAACCCUCGGGAAUCACGACAUCCCCGAAAAUUCCCUAGUGUUUGUCGAUCUCAGAGCUAUUCAUCACGAUCCGAAGCAUUGGAAGGAACCAGACGCAUUUGACCCAACGCGGUUCUUGGACGUGGAAGGUAACUUCAUUUGUCCAGCCACUUUCAGUUUCAUCCCAUUUGGUGGCGGUCCUCGCGGUUGUGUGGGUCAGUCCUUGGCUAGGAUAGAGUCUUUUUUAUUUCUAGCUGGCCUUCUUCAGCGUUUUAAAUUUGAGUUUCCUCCAGACUCCUCCCAGCCAGAUUUGGAACCGCCAGUGGACCCCAUACCACGCGCAGUCUUGACAGCCAGUCCCUAUAAAUUGUCUGUGACUGAGAGACAAUGAAACGAAACUUUGGGUCAAUUUAAUCAAUCCAUUGAAAACUCUGUAUUUUAUGCAAAUUCCCUUGAGUGUCUAACUGCACGCAAAAUGUCAGGGGGGGGGGUGGAGUUGUGGAAAUGUAUUUUUUUCCCAAG